GCGGGAGGUAGGGUGCUGCAUCGUGGAGGUCGAAGUCGCUGAGGAUUGGGCUGCUCAUUGCGUGGAGUCUUAAAGACGACCGGGCCACCGUAAAUGAAGGGAUAGGAGGAGAGAGUUGGCGGGGGGGGCAGCGGAAGAUGACGGCGGUGGUGGGGGCUAUGGACUUGCAGGCGCAGUCGGAGGGUGCUGCCCCGCGGAGUCCACGGCGCCAGUCCUCCGACGCAGCAGACGGGGGGGGGUACCGCGCGGGCGAAGAGGGUGGGGGCGGGGGCGGGGAUGGGGGUGCGGAGCUGCAGACUGGGAUGACAACGGCGGCGAGUGCUGGCGGAGUUGCUGGGAAGACGAAGACGAAGAAGAAGAAGAAGAAGAAGAAGCAAAGCACCGGCGCUGCACCUGGUCGGCCCAAGGAGGACACGGCGACUCGGACAGGGGAGGUGCCUCCCCCUCCCCCACCUCCCCCUAGGCAGCUCCCUUUGGUUUACGAUAGGCUUAGUUACUCUGAGGUGUUGGAGCUGGGAAAGGCGGGGAAGAUUGGGACGAUCAUCAAGCAUCCGACGAUGUCGUUGGGAGGGGAUCGAGGCCGUGUGUUCACGGUGGUGGAGCCAGAGCGAAGGGUGUUCAGAGUGGUCCUGCCAUCGGGGGAGGAUGACCCGGGUUUUUGGAAGGCGUGGAACGAGCUGGAGUUGGGGAAGAAGGUGGAGUCGGUGCAGGUGAAGACGACGCAACCUCCGCCGACGAAGAAGGAGCCGCGCAAGAAGGAAGGUCCCAUUCCCUGGGUGCCGGUAUCGGAGGGUGUACUGUACGGCAUAUCGAUCUUGUGCAUGUGGUUGUUGUACCAGGUGGUGGUCUGGCAACGAAAGAAGAAGGCGGACUACAAGGAGAGGAAGCGGCUGGAGGCUAUGGAGUCAGAGGAGAGGGAGAAGAUGAAGCAAGAGGAGCAAGACAAGGAGAGGGAGAUUCAGGAGGAGUUGGUGAAGAAGAUGGAAGGCAUGGAUCAAGAUAAGAGGAAAGAGGUGGAGACGGUCUUGUCCAAUGCGGAUCUGUCGGCGGCGAUGCGUUUCAUGCGAUCGGGUGCAAAGGUGAAGGCGGCAGGGAAGAGUCGAGCACCCAAGAGAUACACAGUGGGGGGGGAACACGUCAAGUUCAGUGAUUGCGCCGGGUUGGGCCAGAUUCGGUAUGAGCUGGAGGAGGUGGUGGACUUUUUCAAGAACAGAGAGAAGUACAUUUCCCGCGGCAGCAGGAUUCCCGCGGGCAUCUUGUUGUCCGGCGAACCGGGGGUCGGGAAAACCCUACUAGCGAAGGCCGUGGCGGGGGAAGCGAAUGUGACGUUCCUUGCCAUCUCCGCCUCCCAAUUUGUGGAGGUGUACGUGGGAGUGGGAGCGGCACGUGUGAGGGCGCUGUACACGGAGGCCAAGGAGCAAGCCCCCGCCGUCGUCUUCAUUGACGAGAUCGACGCCGUGGGGAGGAAACGAGGCAUGGCGGAGGGCAGCGGGGGAGAGGAGAGAGAUGCCACCUUGAAUCAGCUCCUGAUCAAUCUUGACGGGUUUGAAGGCAAAGGGGAUGUCAUCACCAUCGCGGCGACGAACAGGGUGGACAUUUUGGACGAGGCUCUGGUGAGGCCUGGCAGGUUCGAUCGCAAGAUCUAUGUCCCGAAGCCGGGCCCCAGGCAAAGGGCCGAGAUCCUGCAGGUGCACGCGCGGGGGAAACCCCUCGCGGAGAACUUGAACUGGCAGGCCCUCGGAGAGAUAUCGGAGGGACUGGCGGGAGCGGAGCUGGCGCAAGCGAUGAAUAACGCUGCGCUCAUCAUGCUGCGCAAAGGGCGGGAUAAGAUCCGAGAGGAGGAUAUCUCUGAGGCCGUAACGUUGGCCGGAGUCGGGGUGGAGGACCCGCGCCCCCGCAGUCUAGAACGCCAGAGAAUGCUUGCGUUGCACCAGGCCUCUCAGCUGGUCCUCUGCUAUGCCUCUCCCUUCACGCGGGAUGCAAUUGGUGCUGUCAACAUUGUUCCUCGGUUGGGGGAGAAGGUCGGGAGAAUGCGCAUUGAUCUGGAUCCUUUCCUCUUCCUCAUCAGUGGGCAGAGUGCACGGUUCAACUUGGAUUACAUCUGCGUUCUUCUGGCGCCUCGCGCAGUCGACGAGGUCUGGAAUGGAGCCGAUAACCUCAGCACCAUAUCCAUGGACUUCAUGGAAGGUGCCAGAGACUUGGCCAUGUCCAUGGUCAUGUGUGGAAUGUCCGACAACGAGAACCUCUACGGGCUCAUGCUCUGCAUGUACACCAGACAGGAGUAUUGGGAAAUAGACAACGCUGUCGACGAUAUCCUCGAGCAAGCCUAUGCGCGCACGAUGGAGAUUGUGCGAAAGAAUCGCAGCCUCAUAGAUGCACUCGUUGAUCAGCUUGUGACCAAGAGCAGCCUUGAGCGACGUGAGUACUUGCCGCUUAUGGAGUUUUAUGGGAAUUUUGAUGACAUUCCCAACGGGACACCAAAGAAGCAGAUGACAGGUGGUGUGGGCGAUGUGGGGGAGAAGCAGGGGCUUGAAGAGGCCAGACUGCAGGACGAGGCAGGUGAACAAAAGGACAAUAAGAUGGAGAAAAUGACAGGGGCUUUGCCAAGCUGAUUAACAAAAGGAUCGUGUAUGUAAUCCAUAGCCGCGUUCGAGUUGCUGUUGGGGGUUUACUAAUAGGAUUGAAUAGCUCGUCCAUUCAUUCAUCUGGGGUGGGGUUCAGUUCUGGAAUGCAAAGGUAGGUGGGCGGGUGUUUUUUUUUUUUUUUUUCCCUUUUUUUUCCCUCCCUGUUGGGUUCAGUUCUGGAAUGUAAAGCUAGGUUUGUUUGUUUGUUUGUUUUUUUUUUUUUUUUUUUUUUCGUGUUGUCCAUAAUGAACAUAACACACGCAC